UACAUCAUCCUCGAUGUUUAGCUACUCUUUUAGAUUUUGCAGAAGUUGACUCUUGGAACCCUGCAUCAGGCCAACAAUUUCAACAAGUUUUACUUCUUGAAGAUACUAUAUUACAACUUCCUGGAGGUUUUUUUGACCAACAAACUUGGUAUCUUCAUCAAAGUCAAUCUACUUCACCUAUAGGCUCUGACUAUACUCAAGUUUAUACUAUUAAUUAUACAAAUCUGUUUGCUAAUAAUAAGUUUAAUAAAUCUGAAAUAGCAAAAUUAUCUGAAGAGGAAUCAUCUAUAGUAGAGUCAUUUAAAAAAGAAUCAUCCAAAUUGGAAUUAAGUA